CCCGCCCACUGCGACCGCCGCGCCCUCGGGGCCUCACUACGAGCGGGCGAAAGCCCCAGCCGGGCUUGUCGCAGCGCGCCCUCCCCGGCUUGGUGCCUCCUCCUAGCUCGGCGGAGCCUCAGCGCCCCGGCCCUGCACCCUGCGGACCUGGGGCCUGACCCGCCGCUUUUUCGAAGCCCACGCGGAUCCCACGCCGGGAAGCUCGAGAGCCCGGACAGUGGAGGAGGUCAAGGCCGCCCCCGGGAAGAUGUACCCGAGCCCUGGCCAGGCCACCUACCCCGACUCGGGCGCCUUUCUGCACGCGCCGGGCGCCGCCUCCCCGGUGUUCGUGCCGCCGGCGCGCGUCCCCUCCAUGCUGCCCUACCUGCCCACGCGUGAGCCGGGUCCCCAGCCCUCCGCGCUCGCAGCGCACCCGGGCUGGGCGCAGGCGGCCUCGGCGGACUCAUCGGCCUUCGGCUCCGGCAGCCCGCACCCACCGGCCUCUCAGCCGGCCGGGGCCACCAGCUUCUCCUUCCCGCACAGCGUCCCGGGGCCCGGCGGUGGCGGCGCGGGGAGCCGGGAUGGCGGCACCUACCAGGGCGCGCUGCUGGCUCGCGACCAGUACCCGAGCCCGCUCGGGCGGCCUGGGGUCGCCUCGUACCCCGCCGCGUACCCGGCCUACGUGAGCGCCGAAGUGGCCCCGCCCUGGGCCUCCGGACCCUUCGAGGGCGGCCUCCUGCACAGCCUUCAGGGCCGCCCCGCUGGCUUCCCCGGCCGCAGAGCCGCGCUGGAUAAAACGUACUUCACAACAAAACAAAUGUGCGGCACAGACUGGCGGGGAGAAAGAGCCACAGACGCCCUCCAGGGGGCCGGAGCCCGGCCCCACGCGCUGCCUGUCCCCGCAGUGCCCGACUUCCUGGAGGAGUUCCCCGGCGAGGGUCGCGAGUGUGUCAACUGCGGGGCCCUGUCCACGCCGCUGUGGCGCCGCGAUGGCACCGGCCACUACCUGUGCAACGCCUGCGGCCUCUACCACAAGAUGAACGGAGUCAACCGGCCGCUCGUGCGGCCCCAGAAGCGCCUGUCCUCGAGCCGCCGGGCCGGCCUCUGCUGCACCAACUGCCGCACGACCACGACCACACUGUGGCGUCGCAACGCAGACGGCGAGCCGGUGUGCAACGCCUGCGGGCUCUACAGGAAGCUGCACGGGGUGCCCCGGCCCCUGGCGAUGAGGAAGGAGAGCAUCCAGACGCGGAAGCGGAAGCCGAGGAGCGUGGCCAAGACCAAGGGCUCCUCAGGGUCCCCCGGGAACGGCACAGCCUCCCGGCCGCCCUCUGUCCCCAACCCUGAGGAUGCAGCGGCCAGUUUGAAACCAGAGGCCAGCCUGACGUCCCCUACCUGCCCUGGGCCCAGCGUCACCUCCCAGGCCUCCAACCAGACGGAUGAGCCCCUGGCCCCCAGCCACUUGGAGUUCAAGUUCGAGCCUGAGGACUUCGCCUUCCCCUCCACGGCCCUGGGUCCCCAGGCUGGCCUCGGGGGGGCCCUGCGCCAGGAGGCCUGGUGUGCCCUGGCCUUGGCCUAGGUCCCCAGUCACCCGCCAGACCCGCCUCGUUGCCUGUCGCUCCGGCCCAGGGGACAGCCCACCGGGCCCACCUGCCGGGAGAGACAGGAGCCAGCAGGACCACUAGGCGCUGAGUCCCCUUGGCAUGUGGUGGGGAGGCCUGUGCAGGUGGCUGUCAGGCCCGGGACAGGAGGAAAGCGCAGGGACAGAGGCCGAAGCCCCCACACGCAGCAGGGGACCCCCAGACGCGGCGGGAGGCUGGGCACCACGCUGACCGGGCACCCACGGCCACCCGAGCCUCCAUGGUCAACGCUCGCCGCCGUCACCUGUGCAGGGGUUGGCCCUUCCCCGAGCGGCCAUCACUAGUGUGCGCGGACGGUGUUCCCAGAGGGACGGUGAAGGACCUUGUUCUGGCCGAGUCGAUGUGCGUGAGCCUCUCUGACGGGCAGACCGAGGUCCCCGAGCCCCGCGGGACCGGUCCUCGGCUUGUCUGAGGUCCCAGCAGAAUUGCUCACCGACAGCCUCCCUCCUCCAGAAGCCCCUCCCAGGGUCGGUGACAAAGAGACUGGCCCUUUGGGCUUGGCAGCACCCUGGGGGGGGCGCUGGUGCGAGGCUGCUCACAGCCUGCUGUCGGGGCAGCAGGAGGGAGUGGUGGGGAGUGGGGCGCACCCUCCCCAAGGCCACGGUCACGUGGACAUGGACUCUGCCUUUCUCUAACACGACCUCCUGGUUUCCCCAGGGAAAUCAGAAAUGGCAAUUUUUUAUUUUUAAUGUAAAGCCUUCCAAUUGAAAGCUUCUCUCCCUUGACUCCUAACUUGAUUCAAAAAUCUUAAAAAAUUUUUUUAUUUAUUGAUUUGAAAGAGAGAGAGAGAGACAUCGAUUUGUUGUUCCACUUAUUCACACACUCGGUUGCUUCCUGUUCGUGCCCUGACUGGGGAUCGAACCCACAGCCUUGGCAUCUUGGGAUGACACUCCCACCCAACUACCCAGCCGGGGCCUGACUCAACGCUCUUUUGAUGCCGUGAGUGAGCUGCCAGCCGGCCACCACCGGGCUGCCCUGGUGGUCGCCCCUGGCGUCCCCCGGGGUCCAACCCGGCCAGUGUCUGCGCGACAUCCUUCGUGGUUUUUUUUAGA